AUAAAAGCGCAGGUGGCGGGGCGGGCGGCCGCGGUCCGGAGCGGUGCGCGCUGUGCCAGGCUGGGCGCCUGGCUCCCCAAGAUGCUGUUCUGGCACACGCAGCCCGAGCACUACAACCAGCACUCCACCGGCAGCUACCUGCGUGAUGUCCUUGCACUGCCAAUCUUCAAACAGGAGGAGCCCCAGCUGUCUCCUGAGAAUGACGCCAAACUUCCUCCAUUUCAGUAUGUUCUCUGCACAGCCACAUCCCCUGCUGUAAAGCUACAUGAAGAAACCCUUACUUAUCUCAACCAAGGUCAGUCUUAUGAAAUCCGUCUACUUGAGAAUAGGAAAUUGGGAGAGUUUCAAGAUUUAAACACAAAAUAUGUAAAGAGCAUCCUUCGGGUGGUUUUCCAUGAUCGGCGUCUGCAAUACACAGAACACCAGCAGCUGGAGGGCUGGAGAUGGAGCCGGCCUGGGGACCGCAUCCUUGAUAUAGAUAUCCCACUGUCAGUCGGUAUCUUAGAUCCCAGGGCCAGCCCGACCCAACUAAACACUGUUGAAUUUCUGUGGGAUCCGUCCAAAAGAGCAUCUGCAUUCAUUCAGGUACAUUGUAUCAGCACAGAAUUUACGCCAAGGAAGCAUGGUGGAGAGAAAGGGGUGCCCUUCAGGAUACAAAUCGACACAUUUAAACAGAAUGAGAAUGGCGAAUAUACUGAACACUUGCAUUCUGCAAGCUGCCAGAUCAAAGUGUUCAAGCCUAAGGGAGCUGACAGAAAGCAGAAAACUGAUAGAGAGAAAAUGGAGAAGAAGACUGCCCAAGAGAAGGAGAAAUACCAGCCCUCCUACGAUACAACCAUUCUCACAGAGUGUUCUCCAUGGCCAGAUUUGCCUUAUCAAGUAAACAAUGCUCCAUCACCAAGUUACAACAGUUCUCCAAACAGCUUCAGCCUUGGAGAUGGCAACAGUUCUCCAACCCACCAAGCGGAGCUCCUGCCUUCCAGCAACGAUCACCUCCUUCCCUCUGCUUCUAUUCAAGAUGUCCAGCAGUGGCUUCAUCGUAAUAGGUUUUCUCCAUUCUGUAGACUCUUCUCAAGUUUCUCGGGUGCUGACUUACUGAAGAUGUCCAAAGAAGAUUUUGUUCAGAUCUGUGGGCCUGCUGAUGGAAUUCGGCUCUUUAAUGCAAUCAAAGGAAGAAACGUAAGGCCUAAAAUGACAAUUUAUGUCUGUCAAGAACCAGAGCAGAACAGGUCUCAUCUGCACCAAAAACGAGAGAAUGGAGAUGGUAAUCUAUGUGUAUAUCAUGCAGUCUUCUUGGAAGAGCUGACAACCCUGGAAUUAAUUGAGAAGAUUGCAAACUUGUAUAGCAUUUCCCCACAGCAGAUAAAUCGGAUCUAUCGGCAAGGACCUACAGGGAUCCAUGUAUUAGUGAGCAAUGAGAUGGUGCAAAACUUCCAGGAUGAGUCUUGUUUUGUUAUCAGCACAUUAAAAGCUGAAAGCAACGAUGGCUACCACAUCAUUUUAAAAUGACCACUCGGACUGUAACAACCUAAAACGUCGAUGCCUCACCAAGAUUGCUGCAACCCAAACUGGAAACAUGAAGAUCCAUUUGGAUAAAGCGCUCCCAUGAACUGAAAAAUACCAGUGGUCUUAAGGAAAAACAAACUUCUUAGACAAGUGGUUUUCUGAGAAUGGAAAUAAGAAUAUCUUCAAGUCUGUGUAUUUGUCUACCCCUUCCCUCCUAUUUAGGCUUUUAAGUUGUUGAGGGUCCUGCUUAUUGCUCAGAUACAUCUGCCUCUUUCUAAAGGGAAAUGCAAAAUGAAAAGCAAUUCUCAUGGCUGGAACUGGUUUAUCUACAGUGCCUUCUGAGUACUCUUGUAUUCAGCACCAGUUUCAUCUCAGAUACAAGCUCUUUCUAGGCAGAGGACUAUGGGUGGGAUCCAUGAACGGGCGUAGGUGUAACAACAUUGAGUAUCAUAGUGCCUAGAAAAUCCCUGGAACAACAUCGUGAGUCACAAAGCCAAUUUAGGCACCUUGGCGCCCUGUACAACAAAUGGGGAGAGAUAGGCACCUUUGACUACGAUCCACAAAGUCAGCACGCUGCAUGGAGGCACCUAUCUUGGCUAGUGAUUCACAAACUGGAGGAACACAGGUGCUUGGCUACCCGUGUGAGACCCAAAACAUAACAGUUGGAGGGAAGGGGAGGAAGACCUCCCUUAUGUUUAGCCUGGUGGAUAUAGGGUACUUUCACAGGAUGUGGGAGAUCCCCAGUGCAAGUGCCACCCCCCAUCCUGAGGGAUAGAAACUUGGAAGAUCCCUGUUCAGAUUCUCUCAGGUGAGGUCCCUAGCCACCAGGCUAUGGAAAAUUCUGAGGUGGGGUUCCCUCAGCUUCUCCUGUUGAAGUUGUUCCAUUGUUUGAUUAAAAGUGGAAUCUUUAGAUGCCUAAGUCCGUUUGUUUUCUGGCCCAAUUAAUAUUUAAGUAUCUGCGUGCAUCCUAACCUGUGUUCCUAUAAUCAGUCGGUUAUGGCUGUUUGUGAUUCACACUGCAUUGUUCCAUCUUUCCUCUUAAAACAAACACUUUUCUUUCCUUCUCAGUGCUCCUGGUGAGCAUUUUGUCCUGCUGCCUUCCCAUUCAAUUUGACAACACAGCAGACAUUGGGCUAAUUUCCUCCUAGCCCAUUUUUGGUACCCUGCUAAGCUUUCUCUAGACCUCUUCUCCAUCUGUCCUCUCUUUUCACUCAGCUGUAAGAUCUGCUUUCAAAAAAUAUAUAAUUUUUUUUUUGUAGCUACAUCUGUUCCACUGUUGCUACUAGAAGUGAAUGUGUUGUUCCAUUUUAGCCUGCUGCCAGAAGAACUCCACAUGGAUGGAAAUGGACACACAAACAGUCCAAUGACUUUUUGAAGGAUGCAAAUGAGGACAAAUCAACUUGAGGCGAACAGUUCACACCAUGUUAUAUUUUUUAGCUUAGAAUAGCUUCAGUCAAGUGCAUUGGUUUUUGAUAAAGUGCUUUUGAAGUGGUAGACUGGCUUUAAAUCUCUUGACAACUCAACUCUGGAUUUAUUCCAUUCAACAAAAGCUGUUGGUAACUGAUACUUGCUAUAAAUGUUAGGUUUUAGUUGUGGUAGCUUAUGUAGAAAAUAGAAGCUAUCUGCUCUAGCAAAUGCAAUCAGUUUAUAUGAAUCUAAGAUCAGGUAAGGGGGCAUUCAGAAUACUUGCUCCUUGCAUACAUCUGCUGUCAUUCUUGAUUCCUGUUUGCAUGCCUGUAUCUACCGUUUUCCUUUUCAUCUUUAUGGGCCUAAUCUGGCUCCCAUUAAGCUAGUGGGAAGACUCCCAUUGAUUUCAAUUGAAGCUGGAUCAGGCCCUUGUUGCAUUUCACUCUUUGGUGGAUAAUUAGGAGAGCUGAUAGAAAAUGAAAAUUUCUGUCCUGUGGGCAAUUGAAACUGCCCAGAGUUGGUCUGAACAGUUGAAAUCCAAAUGUUUCACAGAAUGAAAAGUUUUGAAAAACAUCAAUUUUGCAAAUAUUGAAACAGUUUCAAAUUGGAAGUGUCAAAACAUUGUCAAAAUGAGUUGUAGUUCAGGUGCCUCCUGCUCCACGUCUCCCCUGGGGGCUGGACUACAGUUCCCAUGAUGCAUUGUGUAGUAGCUUAGCCAGCAGGGGUGGGGUGCAAGGUGUGCGUGGCAGCAUAGUGCAUCAUGGAAGAUGUAAUGUGGUCUUGAGUCCUGCCCACAGAGGAAAAUGGGGACAUGGGGCACUCUGGCAGAUCGAUUAAUUUCUAAUAGACACAACAAUUUUUAUUUUUUUUUCAAAUAAAUAAAAUGUAUAUAUGGGGGGAAUCAAAAUUUUCCAAUGGAAAGGUGCAUUUUUUAAA